GAAACUGCUUACACUCCCCAAGUGGAAGCCAUAUCCCCCACGCCACCGUAUGAAGACCCUCGGCUCAAUCAGCCUCCACAGAGGUCAUCCAAGGAUGAGUUACUGCAAGUGAUUAAUAGGUUAGAUAGGGAAAUAGCACAGGUGGAAUCACAGAUGACCAACCUCAGAAAAAAACAGCAAGAACUGAUUUUAGAAGCCAGCAAACCUACGGAUACAGAACAAGAUGUCCAAGAGACGUCAAGUUUCGAACCAAAACAACUCAGUAUGGCCCAGCUUAUAUAUUCAGCAAAUAGGAAAAAAGCUCAACAAGCCCAUGGUGUUCUUGAGAAAUUAGGUCCAAAAUUAGAACUGCCAUUAUAUAAUCAACCUUCUGAUACUGUUGUUUUCCAUGAGAACAAAGGACAUUUUUCAUCUUUCAAGAAAGACUUGAUAGUUCUUUUAAAGAAGAAGCAGGAAGACCGACAACAACGGGAGACUUAUUUAACGGAAACUUACAACCGAUUAAUGCAAGCAUGGCAACAGAGAAUGGAAAAAAAAGAUAGUAAUAUUAAUAAGAAGGCCAAAGACAUGAAACAGAGAGAAUUUUUUGAGAAGCAAUAUCCUGAACUUAGGAAACAAAGAGAAGAAAGAGAGAGAUUGUCUAGGGUUGGGCAGAGAGUCCGGAGUGAUGCAGAGAUGGAGGAAAUCAUGGAUGGCCUACAAGAACAAGAACUGGAAGAUAAGAAGAUGAAAAGUUAUGCAGUGAUCCCACCAAUUUUGAUUGAUCAACGACGAAAGAGGAUCCAGUAUAUUAACAGGAAUGGACUGGUAGAAGACCCUAUGGCUGAAUAUAAAGAAAGACAGAUGUUGAAUGUUUGGAUUGACCAAGAAAAAGAAACCUUUCGAGAGAAGUACCUCCAACAUCCAAAGAAUUUUAGUUUUAUAGCAUCCCACCUGGAAAGAAAGAGUGUUGCAGACUGCGUUCAGUAUUAUUACUUAACCAAGAAAAGUGAGAAUUAUAAACAACUCUUGAGGAAGACCAACGUUAGGAAACGUACCCGAGCACUAGUUAGACAUCCGGCUCAGUCACAAUCUCAAACCCAAGCGGCGUUAUCGGCUUCUGCAGCUAUCACGGCUGUUACAGUUAUGACAUCUAUAAGCUACUGUCAAACAACCAGUGCUAUAGUGACCAGUCCUGUAACCACAACUACAGUGUCAUUCAUGGGCACAUCUACUUACGCAUCUCAAUCUGAUUUGGACAACAAUCUCAUAACAUCAAAAACAAGCCAAUCAGGCUCUGCAACAACAAAUGUUGUUACCGAUAACAAGUCCAAUAAAACUAGUGAAAAUAAAGAUCCUGAAACGGACAAAAACAAAAGCAGACAGAGUGAAGUCAGCAGUGAUGGAGGAAGUGGUUAUUUUUGUGUAAUGUGUAAGAUGCAGGUGGAAAAUUCCUCUCAGUCCCGUCCUCUCACUAAGUCCAACUGUGAUACAUUUGGUGUGAAAGAGUCUGAACUUACUCCCGAAAUGCGAGUAUGUGCAACGUGUCGCUUCAAAACAAUACAGAGAAGAUGUCCAAUUCCAUCAUGUAAAACUCCAAAACGGAAAGUAAAACGAUUACGACUUCUGCCUGGGAUGUGGUUGGAGUUACCUUGGGAACUAAAGAGUUCCAUCAUUUCAGAACUUUCCAUCCCUCCAGAUAUCACCAGAUGCUGUACGGCUUGCCAUAAUCGUAUAGUUCGUAAGUUGGGAAAUACACCUAAUUCUGAGGCAACUGAAUCGUCAAGGUGGACAGAAGAAGAGACGGAGAUUGCAAAGCGAGGCUUGAAGGAACAUGGAACUAACUGGGCAAUCAUAGCUGAGAUGGUGGCCACCAAAACAAAAGAACAAUGUAAAAAUUUCUACUUCAACUACAAACGAAAAUAUGGUCUUGAAGAAAUUGUUCAACAAUAUAAACAGAGUCACAAAUCAAAAGAGGGAGAACCUAGAGAGGAUGGGAAAGCUGGCAGUGAUGAGGAUGAAAGUGGAGACACUACAUCAAGCUGUGAGGAGGAUAACGGCUGCAGUAGUGAUACUGUUAGUGCUCCUAGCCCAACCAAUAAGAUUACAGAAGAAGAGAGUGUGACUAGAUCAAAACAAGGGGAGAUUGUACUAGAAGAAGCACGAAGGAAAUCUGUUCCACGGGGCAGCUGUCCCGAUUAUGAUAGCAGUUCUACUGUGAGCGCAGAUGAAGGACAGGCCCAAAUAGAGAAUGAAAUUCUUAGGACCAAUGAAAGAAUAACCAAUCCUUCUUUGUCUCAGACUGUGUCCACCCCAGAGAAUAGUUCCACUGUUAAAAAUGUCCAACAUUUAAUGGUCACUACGGCACAAUUGCAGCAACAAAACUGGGGAUCUCCGGUGACCCAAAGCAGCGUAAUACAGGGUAAGAACAGUUCCAAAGAAGAGCCAACUUGUGUCAGGGACUUGAUUGACAAAGCCAUCAAAAUUAGUCUCCAGGGCUCAAAUAAGAAUCAGUACAGGAUUUCACCUACAUUUGGAUCUCAGAACAAGGAGAAAAGACAUCAGAUAGAAAGUGGACAAGAUGACAUUGAAGUGUGUGUUAUUCAGCAAGUACCACCCGCUGCCCACGAAUCGUCGAGGCUGAGCCACGGUGUCCGACCGGUUCCCUUACCUCGAGCUGAGGGACUGGCCAUGAAGGCUCAACACCUAGUGUGUGAACCAAAUCAGGACCUUAAAUGUGAAGUACAAGAUUUGAGCACAAAAGAGAAAUCAAGCACAGUUCUAGUUGCUGCUAAAGAAAGAAUACCCACUUCUGUUCGGCCACCGUCUGGCUUUUCUUACCUGCCACAGCAGAUACCACCCAUGCAGUUUGGUGCUCCUCCCCCAGCCCAUUCCAAACAUUAUAAUUAUGCUCCAGAUAUUCCAUCUCACAGGGACCUUUAUCAUGGCCGGGUAGGAGAACAUGUCUCCAAACAGACUUAUUCGUUAUCAGACUCGUUGCACUCUCAACCACCGCACCUUGUUCCCCAGCAGCCAGUUCAUGGGAGUAGAACUAGCACACCACCUGUUCGAACUUUUCCUAGACCUUCAGUCCCACCUCCACCACCUCUGAUUACUAAUGCAAAACCUUCUUCAGCUUCUAAAGAUAGGCUUGGUCAUAGUGGAUCAAUUACCCUUGGUACACCUGUGAAUCAACAUACUUCAGUCUACCCAGCUAGUAGCUCUCCUCAGUAUGAAGGCCUGCUGAAGCAGUUCAAUCCUCCUCAUGUCAAAGAUGGUGGUUCAAUUACGAUGGGAACUCCAGUACCACCUGGCAAAAAAACUGCAACCACUCAUUUACGACCAGAACCACCUUCCAACCCGUCAUUUGAAGGCAGAAACAUUAGAUCUGUGCCAUCAUCAAACUCGGGAGUAGCAGUGAUGUAUGGUCCAGCUAUUGAACAAUAUUAUCGGAGGGUUUCUCCCUCUGGACCAUACCCAGGUUAUCCUCCUCCUGCUACCACAUCUUCCAGGCAAACUUUUCCAACUGAACUCUCUAGUUCCAAGCAACUGAUGAUUGAUUUUAACACUUCCAAACAGAUGCAGAUGCGAAGAGGUAAUGUAUUAGGUGACCAGGAAUCCCAGGAAUCUCCACAAACAAGAGAUACUAGUCCUCAACAGAGUCAUGUAUUUACAAAUGGGCCUGAUUCUCGUGUACACCACUUAUACUCUGGUAUGCCCUAUCAGCAAACAGGUUUCCAAGGACAAGCACCCCAUGUUUACUCGCCUAUGGGAGACACUCGCUACUCCCCUCAUUCUAACACUUCUAGCAGUCCUGCAACAGGUCAGUGGCCACCUAGUACAUCGCCUGGACAGCCAGCUUCUAGGCAAAAUGUAAUCCGUAGUAUAGCAUGGGGAACAGCAGGAAAACCUUCAGUUAUCCAAACCUCUCCUCAUGCCUCUGAAUUACCGCACAAUGGUCCUUAUUCUAUGCUUCCUCCCAGUCAUGAAGCUUUUAACACACUUGUAGAUGCUGCUGCAGCUCAGCCAAGUCUUACAGUCUCUAGAAAUGAAAGGAGGACUCCUCUUACUAGUCCAAAAGUUAGCCGAUCAGAGACAAUGAUGUCUCCGCAUGAAAACUUCACCAGUUCAUCCAUGGAAAUGCAACAGCGUCCAAGAUCUCAUCCAGAUACUCUCAUUUCUUCUCAGGCAUCAGCAGAGCCACAUAGGAUAGAAUAUGUAUGUGGAAGAACUAAUGUGGAUCUUAAGCCCUCUUUUAGACAGGAAGUACAUGGUUACUUCAGGGACCCAAAACAGAAGGUGAAGCAGUCUUUUGAGAGUGUGAGACAUCAACAGAAGCAGCCUCCUCCUUCUUCUCUCCAUCUUGUUCGAGAACCGUUCACCCAAGAAAAGUUUGAACAAGAGAUGAGACAGCAAACUCUGAUUAAUCAUAACCCUGAAGGUGCCAAAGGCAGACAGCAUAUGGCCCUGGUAAAGAAGGAAGCAGGUUUUAGGUUUCACCCUCAACAGUUUGAAGAUCCAAAUGUGGCACAAAAACAGCCUGAUCUUAAUAUGGAAGCAGCCAUGAUGUUAUCUCAAUCCUUCCAGAAAGAGAAGCCCAAAACUACAGCAACCAAUAGGGGAGUAACUGCUGGUAAUCUUAUUGAUGCCAUCAUCACACAUCAGAUAAACCAGCCUGCAGAUGGAACACCUAAAAACUGUGUUCCAGAUGGCCAUUCUCACUACGGAAGAGAUGAUAGUAGUGGAAACAUGUCCAGAACUCCUCUUGUAAAAGAAGAAAUAGUAACCAUAGAUGAUGGUCCUGUAAGAAGUGUGCACGGUAAACAAGAGAUUCCAAAUCAUUGUCAGACAGAACCAAACAAGGGAUUAUCUUUUCCUACGAACAUGACUGAAAGGAAUUUUGCCUUUGGUCUACCUCGCAAUGAAGUCAAUAACUCAGAUUCAAGUUCGUCUGAACCAAAUAAGUGUUUUACUUCUUCCAGCAGCAGCCCAUCUGAAAGAAAUAUUACCCUUGGUCAACGUAUUGAAGCAAUCAUAUCUAAAAAUUACAGUCCACCCAAUAAUAUGGAAGUUUUACAAAGUUUAUAUCACUCUGAAGGAAACUUUGUAGGUGAUACUCCAACAUCUCAUCACAAAGGUUGUCAGUUAGGUCUUCCAGAUCCACGAAAUGUUGGAAUUACUGCAGAAAGACCGUUGGAGGGCAUCGCAGCAGCUGCAGCUGCUGAAGGACUACAUAGAAACUAUGAAUUAUGUCCUCCUCCUUCAAGAGAUCAAAGUUCUUUGACCCCAAGCUCAGGUUAUCGCAGUUGGAAGUUAAGGAAAGCUCUGCAGCAAGAUAAAGAAAAAAUACAACAGCCACCUAGUGGACCCCCAACACCCAACAGUCAGAAUCAAGCACCCCCAAGGACACCAAGUAGGCCACAUUCCUCUCCUCUAACCCCAUAUGGUGUGGAACCCAUCUCCCCUCCAUCUUCGCAUAACCCCGACGAAUUGACAACAUCCAGCCCUCACCAACAAUCUCCUCCAGCUUGGUUUGCUGGCCACGUGACCCGACAAGAAGGAUCUGUAGCCAGUCCUAUGAAAUGUCUGUAUUCUCCAGGACUACCAACCAUACUCGGUGGUAAUCAACACGAGCAAAUGGGCUUAUCGCCCCUUGACUACGUGAAAAAUAAAAUUGUGGAAGUGAUGAGAACAGCAGCUGAUGAGACCUGGGAAGCACCCAGUCGAGUUAACUCUUCUCAACAGGAUCCAGGCCAAACUUUCCAAACUCCAAAGAGUGUACAAGAAAGGACAGAGCGACCUCAAAGUACAGGGAGUGCUGUUCACUUUCGAGGAAGGCUGACACCUCAGCCAGAUCUUAGAUACAGUCCUACUCUAGCAGGGGGCUUUUCUCACCUUCCACCUCGACCGUCUUCGGCUUCGAAUAAAGCCGUGUUUUCAACAGUAGACUUUUCUCGGGGAUUAAAGCGAACAUUUGAGGGUGUUCCUAGCUGGAAUGGGGCCACAAUGAACGUCACUGGAAUGAGAUCAAAGUCGGCUUCUCCUAUUUGUUUAGACCCAAAAAGAGAAGCUGAAAGAAAGAGAAGUAGAACAGAGAACCAAGCUCAUGAAAAACGUCCAGACUUUCAACAGCUUCUUCCAAAUAGUCCCAGGUGGGAAGGCUGUGAAAACAACGAUGAUAAGCCUACGAUUUUAAACAACACUAGGACAGAACCAGUAUCGCCACCCUCUGUUACAACAAAUGCAAAUCACCCUACCAAGACCACAGAAACACUUUCCAAUCACAGUAUUGAGAAUGCUGUUAACCUGAAAUCCUUUUCUGUUUCGUGCUCCCCUGUAGAGAACCGUUCUUCUCCAUUAAACCCCUUAUCCUCAAUGUCAAACAGCAACCUCCACUAUUCAUCAUCUCCAGCCAACUCCGUAGCAGGUGCCCCUGUUACCGUACCGUACCCCAACUACUCGGGUGUCUCGGCACCGUAUACUUACCCAUUCUCUGCCCUCACCAUGCGUUCUAUUAACAAAUCCACAUCUUCAAGUGGUAGUCCAUCAUCCACACAGAUCCCAUUACCUCGACCUUCCUCUGCUCGAUCACCACUGUCGGAAAACCAGCCUGCACCUCUUUUGUCGUCUCAAUACGAACCACUUUCUGAUGAAGACUAGUAGUAUAUCCA